ACAGACAGUGAGAAGAAAGGAGGAGGGGAGUGUCAAAUGUGGCGUCAGCAUGCUCUGAUCACUGUUCCGGGACUGUUUGAGUGGCCCUGUGAAAAGCCUCUACGACCAGGUCUCACCUCCACUCUCCUCACUGCUCCCCCAGCGUCCGAUGGCAAAGCAUGACCCGAACGAGCUCCCUCCUCCAUACUACUCUGUUGAGGUGCACACCCUCCCGCCCCUCCAGUCCUAUGAAGAGCUAGUCUAUGGAGCGGGUCCAAGGCACACUCCUCCCAACCAGCUAUACUACAUCCCCCAGCAUCCCCCACCAGUGGCUGCACAGCAUGUCUGCCAGCCCAGUAUAUCUCUUUCUAACAAGAAGAAGAAAGGCAAAUGCUGCCACCGUAGUGCCAAGUGCUUUGGUGGGUCAGGAGGCAUCGUUCUGCUGCUCCUCCUGGGCAUUGCCAUCUGGCUCGGAGUGCGUUACGGUACCAGAUUGGCAACUGCGGCUGUCACCCUCAACCACCAUGACAGUGAGGAUGAGGGGCACUAUGAGAAGCAGUUGAGCGUGCCCGUUCAUGACACCUGCUCCAACUCCACGGUCCAAUGUGACGGUCUGCGAGACUGCCGACUGGGCACCGACGAGUCUAAAUGUGUGAGGUUUGGGGCGGACGGUGCUCUACAGGUCAGAACGUCUCAGGACGACCGUUUCCUCCCAGUGUGUUACCAGGGAUGGGACCAGAGCUACGCCAACCGAACCUGUGCCCAACUGGGCUUCAGAAAGUCCUUUGCAACCAAGGCCGUGAAAUCCCAGCAGUCCAUUGGUCUAACCCUGAACAACAGAUCGUCUUUACCCAUCCAGGGCCAGGUCAGCGUCGGCUCUUCCUGCCCUGACCAGAAUACGGUCUCUCUGAAGUGUAUUGAUUGUGGGCGUCAGCAGUUGACCUCCCGGAUCAUAGGGGGCACUGUUGCCAAGCUGGGCCAAUGGCCCUGGCAACUGUCUCUACACUUUGGUAGAUCACAUAUCUGUGGAGGGGUCCUGGUGUCCCCUGACUUUGUGGUGACAGCUGCCCACUGCUUCCCCAGGUUGUUCCCCCAGUUUCUUGAUGCCAGUAAGUGGCUUGUGUACGGAGGAGUGGUGUCUCAAGACCAGCUUCCUUCUCCCUACCUCGUAGAGAAGAUCAUCGUGAAUGAGAACUACAACAACGUAACCAACGACCAGGACAUCACCAUUCUGAAGCUGGCCUCCCCAGUGCUCUUAACUGAUGCAGUUCAGCCUGCCUGUUUGCCAGCCUUUGACCAGACAUUCCCCCGUGGAACCAAAUGCUGGAUCUCGGGCUUCGGAACAAUAGAUGCGGGAUCAGCGAAACUCUCCAAAGCCCUGAUGCAGGUGACCGUUGACAUCAUCGACGUGCGUGUGUGUAACAGCUCCAAGGUAUACUCUGGCAGUGUGUCCAACAACAUGCUGUGCGCCGGUGAUCUCAAUGGGGUCAGGGACUCCUGUCAGGGAGACAGUGGUGGUCCUCUGGUGUGCCAGACCAGUGACAACCUUUGGCAGCUGGUGGGCGUGACCAGCUGGGGCAGUGGCUGUGGGCAGAGUAACAGGCCGGGAGUCUACACCAAGGUGUCCAGCCUACUGCCAUGGAUCUACAGCAAGAUGCAGCUGGAGAAUCCGUGAUGUCACUUCAUUUCCAUUGACCUCACCACAUGCUCUCACCACCGCUCGCAGCCUGCUUUCUCGUUCCUCUCGGAACAUCACACCAUGAAGUCCUAUACCAGGCAGACAGACAGGCAGACGGACGGACGGACGGACGGACGGAUGACAGACAGACAGACAGACAGACAGACAGACAGACAGGCAGGCAGGCAGGCAGGCAGGCAGGCAGGCAGGCAGGCAGGCAGGCAGACAGACAGACAGACAGACAGACAGACAGACAGACAGACAGACAGGCAGGCAGGCAGGCAGGCAGGCAGGCAGGCAGGCAGGCAGGCAGGCAGGCAGGCAGGCAGGCAGGCAGACAGACAGACAGACAGACAGACAGACAGACAGACAGAGGUGGCCAAUAGCUAGGGGAGUACCAGGAAAGGCCUAUUGCACAUUAACACAACACCAUUCGUGUUACUUUACCGUACCUUGUAAAAUCACAAAAUGCAUUACUGUAUUUAUGCCCAACGGCUGCUACACUGUGUAUAAUAUGUGAAUCUACACCAAUACAUUCUGUUCCCUGAUUACA